UUUUCUAGGUUGAAUGGACUGGCGUCAUCUGCACGCUGGCCACAGCAGGGGCCUCUCUGAAGCAGAUGUCAAAGGCCAACUAAGACCAACUCACGUGUUUGAAGGGCCUAUGCUUCAUUCAGCAAAUGCAUCCCCAUCUACCAAUCAGCUUCUCCACACAUCAGCUCCAUUGGAAAAGAUUAAGCAUCACCUAAGACGUUUCCAAUGAGACCCAAUUCCAAAUAGUCUGUGUUUGAGUUAAUUCAGACAUUUGUUGGUAAGAGAAACCUCACACCUUCCUGGGUAUUUUUUUUUUCUCUUUCUAAUAAGGACUUUUUAAAAACUGUAAGCUUUGUAUGACUUAGGACGGUUUUCCAUUUCAUUUUUAUUUACUGAUCGCUCUUGAUCAUGUCAGAUGGCUGAUGUGUGCGGCGAGGGUUUGCCGUACAGCAAUCCUAGCAUGUGCUUUGGUCGUCCCUGUUCUGGUUCCGUGGGAGGCAUUUUAUUUUUAAAACCAUGUAUUGCUGGUGACUGUGCUUUCCACACUGGCACACUAGCAUUUUCCUUACUCCUAUGAUUUAAUGUGUUGCUGGACAUUACUGCUGAAGCUUCUGAAAUGCUUCCUUAAAAUUUGCACACUGAGAACCAUCAGUGCUACCUCUGUUGCUGGUGUUCUCAGAGUGAGGUGCAGUUGAGCACGCACUCCGUGAAGGGCACCUGCGUGGGUGCCACACGCGCUGCCUGCCCAGCAUCGCUCUCAUCCGCCUGCCUAUAGGGCGGCAAUAUGGUCACAUUUGGAAACCACCCUAGAGCCAGAUGUCUUUUCCAAACGGUUGGCCUGGCAGGGCAGAGAAAGCCCCUGUGUAAGUUUGUUUCAUGACCGGUUCGGGUUCAAACAAACCACGUUCUCUUGUUGGCCUCUAGUUUUCUUUUUCGAAGGCCUUUAUUUUAAAGCCGUGGAAAGGGGGUCAUUUCAUCAAGAGGAGUUGUCUUCUUGAAACAGUUCACUGUUCCAGGACCCAGCAAUGAAAAUGCCAGGAGUUUUUUCAAACAAGAGCUUGAAUAACUAUCAGUGUCUUUCUCUCCUCACCCCUAUACCUGAACUCACUGUGGUGGCUUAAAGCAGUAACUCUUGGUGCUUUGAAACCUUUACCUAUGAAAAAUUCUUCUCUUAAGGUGAUACAAUUACAGAUACAGUUACACACUGUGGCUGCAUUUUGUUUCCUGAAUGUAUCGACUUCCAGUAAAGCUCUAAUAUAUCCGUGUUUGUCCUGGAGCACUGCAAUGUGGAAGGUUUCUCUGCACUUCCCUGCUGGAUGCAUUCUCUAGGUUGUAAUGCGAUGCUGGCAUAUUUCAAUUUGAUUACAGGCUUCUUAAGGGAAAAAAGAAAAGAGUCGACCCCAUCAGCACAUUUAGCUGCUGGGGACAGGCGAAUGGCUUUGGGAAGCCUUUGGAGGAUGUGCAGCUUUGUCGUUUGUUGCCGAAUUCUCCGUCGUUUUGUCCAUUUGUCAUCAUUCACGCAGUUGUUUUCAUGCAGAGUGUGUGUCUCAUCAGUUCUUGUGACAUCAUAACCAUUCAUCCUUUUGUUGAGCCUGUGUUAUAAGUGGCCAAGUUCAAUUUCAUAUCUCUCAACUAAGUAUCCGCAUAGGGGUUGAAGCUGGAAAAUUAGAACUAUCACAUGUGGCCAAGUUCAGCAGCCAUCACGCCCUGGCGUGUGAGCUGAGUGGGGUCAUUGGAGUGGCCGAGCUGCUGACCAAAGUUAACAAGGGUGGUGGAGGCCGGGAGAUGUGCGGUCCAAAGAGAAAGUCCAGGUGCUCUUGGAUGAAAGAAUCAUCCUCCUGCUGCUGCUGCAGGUUGAGAGAUAUGUUGGUCCCAUUUGUCUUUUGUCUCACUCACUCGCUGUGCUUUUUCUUUUUGUUGUUUCACCCAGCGUCCCGAACCCACAAGCUCACUGUGCUUCCUUCCCGUAAUGCUACCUUUGUGUAUUCCAAUGACUCUGCCUACUCAAAUCUCUCUGCAACCGUAGAUAUUGUGGAAGGGAAGGUCAACAAAGGCAUUUACCUGAAAGAGGAAAAGGGAGUCACGCUUCUCUAUUACGGCAGGUACAACAGCUCCUGCAUUAGCAAGCCAGAGCAGUGUGGCCCUGAAGGGGUCACAUUUUCUUUCUUCUGGAAGACACAAGGAGAACAGUCUAGACCAAUCCCUUCUGCGUAUGGGGGACAGGUCAUCUCCAAUGGGUUCAAAGUCUGCUCCAGCGAUGGCAGAGGCUCCGUGGAGCUGUACACGCGGGACAAUUCCAUGACAUGGGAGGCCUCCUUCAGCCCCCCAGGCCCCUAUUGGACUCAUGUCCUAUUUACAUGGAAAUCCAAGGAAGGCCUGAAAGUCUACGUCAACGGGACCCUGAACACCUCUGACCCGAGUGGAAAAGUGUCUCGUGACUAUGGAGAGUCCAACGUCAACCUCGUGAUAGGGUCUGAGCAGGAUCAGGCCAAGUGUUAUGAGAACGGCGCUUUUGAUGAGUUCAUCAUCUGGGAGCGGGCCCUGACUCCGGAUGAGAUCGCCAUGUACUUCACUGCUGCCAUUGGAAAGCAUGCUUUAUUGUCUUCAACGCUGCCAAGCCUCUCCGUGACACCCACAGCAAGCCCCAUGAUGCCCACAGAUGCCUACCAUUCCAUCAUAACCAACCUGACAGAAGAGAGAAAAGCCUUCCAAAGUCCCGGAGUUAUCCUGAGUUACCUCCAAAAUGUAUCCUUCAGCUUACCCAGUAAGCCCCUCUCGGAGCAGACAGCCUUGAAUCUCACCAAGACCUUCUUAAAAGCCGCGGGAGAGGUCCUUCUAUUGCCUGGUUGGAUUGCUGUGUCAGAGGACAGCGCCGUGGUACUGAGUCUCAUCCACACUAUUGACACCGUCAUGGGCCACAUUUCCUACAACCUGCAUGCCAGCACGCCCCAGGUCACCAUGGAGGGCUCCUCUGCCGUGGCAGAGUUUUCCGUGGCCAAAGUCCUGCCCAAGACCGUGAAUUCCUCGCAUUACCGCUUCCCGGCCCACGGGCAGAGCUUCAUCCAGAUCCCGCACGAGGCCUUCCACAGCCGCGCCUGGACCACCGUCGUGGGUCUGCUGUACCACAGCAUGCACUACUACCUGAACAACAUCUGGCCCGCCCACACCAAGAUCGCGGAGGCCAUGCAUCACCAGGACUGCCUGCUGUUCGCCACCAGCCACCUGAUUUCCCUGGAGUUGACCCCGCCGCCCACCCUCUCUCAGAACCUAUCGGGCUCUCCGCUCAUUACGGUCCACCUCAAGCACAGAUUGACACGUAAGCAGCACAGUGAGGCCACCAACAGCAGCAACCGAGUCUUCGUGUACUGCGCCUUCCUGGACUUCAGCUCCGGAGAAGGGAUCUGGUCGAACCAGGGCUGUGCGCUCACGGGAGGAAACCUCACCUACUCCGUCUGCCGCUGCACUCACCUCACCAACUUUGCCAUCCUCAUGCAGGUGGUCCCGCUGGAGCUUGCACGUGGACACCAGGUGGCGCUGUCGUCUAUCAGCUAUGUGGGCUGCUCCCUCUCCGUGCUCUGCCUGGUGGCCACGCUGGUCACCUUCGCCGUGCUGUCCUCCGUGAGCACCAUCCGGAACCAGCGCUACCACAUCCACGCCAACCUCUCCUUCGCUGUGCUGGUGGCCCAGGUCCUGCUGCUCAUUAGCUUCCACCUGGAGCCGGGCACGACCCCCUGCCGGGUGAUGGCCGUGCUCCUCCACUACUUCUUCCUGAGUGCCUUCGCAUGGAUGCUGGUGGAGGGGCUGCACCUCUACAGCAUGGUGAUCAAGGUCUUUGGGUCGGAGGACAGCAAGCACCGUUACUACUAUGGGAUGGGAUGGGGCUUUCCUCUUCUGAUCUGCAUCAUUUCACUGUCAUUUGCCAUGGACAGUUACGGAACAAGCAACAAUUGCUGGCUGUCCUUGGGGAGUGGCGCCAUCUGGGCCUUUGUAGCCCCUGCCCUGUUUGUCAUCGUGGUCAACAUUGGCAUCCUCAUCGCUGUGACCAGAGUCAUCUCACAGAUCAGCGCCGACAACUACAAGAUCCAUGGAGACCCCAGUGCCUUCAAGUUGACAGCCAAGGCAGUGGCCGUGCUGCUGCCCAUCCUGGGCACCUCGUGGGUCUUUGGCGUGCUUGCUGUCAACGGCUGUGCUGUGGUUUUCCAGUACAUGUUUGCCACGCUCAACUCCCUGCAGGGACUGUUCAUCUUCCUCUUCCAUUGUCUCCUGAAUUCAGAGGUGAGAGCCGCCUUCAAGCACAAAACCAAGGUCUGGUCCCUCACGAGCAGCUCCAGCCGCACAGCCAACGCGAAGCCCUUCCACUCGGACAUCAUGAAUGGGGCCCGGCCAGGCACGGCCUCCACCAAGCUCAGCCCCUGGGACAAGAGCAGCCACUCUGCCCACCGCAUAGACCUGUCAGCCGUGUGAGCCGGGAGGCUGCCAACCAGGCCAGGCUGCACUCAGAACACCGCCCCCCCCAAACGGAAUGAAACGCCGCAUCUUUGCCCGUGGGACCCUCUCCUUGCCGCUGUCUGGACUUGGGUGUUAUGGCCCUGAGAUAGCCGUCCUCCCGUGACUCUGGCUGUCAGAGCACACUGCUGAGUCCAGCAGCCUGAUACCCAGGCCAGCGUGGGCCCUCCUGCCUCACGUCCACCUGUGGGCUGAGUGACUCCCUCUGGGGACUCCCAGGACACAGUGGCCUGACGGUGAUGGUGCCCUUGAGCCUCCCUUCGUCACUGAGCACCAGACCCAGCGAGGCCAGGACACUCAGGUCCCGCAGCCCCAGGAAGGGACGUUCAGCCUCUGUGCCUUGGUGGGACUUGGGGACUCAGGGCCAAAGAGGUGGUUCAGGUCCCCAUGCACCCCCAGACAGUCAGGUGCAGGCAGCUGGGGGUGUGUGGGGAAGAGCAUGAGGAGUCCCCAGGGUCUGAAUUCACUGGUGAGUUCCCCACAGUUGGCGCCAGCCGUGGUGUCUCCAUAGGUGGUGCCAGCGUGGGCCAACCUGUGCUGUCAUCAGUUUGGGCCCUGCCCAAGCCCAGCUCAAGCCGUGGGCGGGAGUCACUGACUCUCCAGGUGAGGGUGACCUCUCUGCCCUGUCCUUGGGGGGGUCCCCUCUGUUCACGUCAAGAGCCACUCUGGGCCUUGAGACCGCCUGAUGGUGCCAGUGCUUGGGGGAGCUUCUUGGCCAUCCUCUGUGAGUUUUGCCUCUUUGGACCCCAAUUCAGCCUUAAGAUGCCCUCCUUCUUUCCUUGUGUGCGAGCCUCCUUGGUGGUUCUUGGGCCACAGGAGCUGGUCGUGUCCCUGCAGUGCCUGGUGUCCAGGUGGAAAAUGGAGGGCAUUUUCCAACACACCACUUUCCCUGGAGCCUUCCUCAUGACUCACAGGCACUCUACUCAGUUUCUACUGGGCAGACCACGUGGCAGGUAGCACCCUGCGCUCCAUCUGGUCACCACGAGGGUGACCCAUGCUGAGUCCCCACUGACCUGGAGAGGGAGGGCUGGCGACAGCCAUGUCGUCUGUGUUGAGGGAAAUUUAUGGACUCAGACUCAGCCCCAGAGGAGAUGGGAUAAUCGUUAUGGACCUGUGUGUGGACAUGAUCCUGUGGAACAUAGGUUUGGGAUCACAGAUGUGAAUUAAGACACCACUGAGAUACGGGCUAUGAGGUUCAUACUGUGCCGAGAGCACCCGUGGUGUCUCUGAAAUGUGGGUGAGACAUUCAAACCUGGUUUUCAUACUGGAAAGUCUUCCUUUAAAACUGUGACCAUGAUUCCAUUCAGCCCCUCCGCAGCCCUGUCUGCCUUGUUUCAGAGUGACUUUUCCAUGGAGCUUGUGCCCUUUUGCAUCCCGCCUGGUGGCUUCUUAAUGUAACUCUCCCCUGGUCACCUGGAGUGGACCAGUCAUCUGCAGGCCUCUCCUGCAUGGGGAGGGUGGGCAGGGAGCAGUAUGUCUGCAGGGGUGAACCUUUGCUCUUCUGUCAGGCAAGGCCCGUGCUGCACCAGCCACCUGACACAUGGUGACAGUGCCACGGGCCCUGCGUGUGGCCCCUGCACCCGUGCUGUGGCAGGCACACCUGGCUGCUGCAGGCCAAGGCUGCUGUUCAGCGAAGAGUCCCAUGUUUAGUGUGGACUAAAGUCCCAUGUUUAGCCACUGCCCCAGGCUCCUGUGACCCCAGAAACCAGGUCACGUGGACCACGGUGGCAGACCCUCAUCACGCCCGUGAGCACCUAGAAGUGAGAACACUGUAUUCCUACAAUUUACACUUGGAUAUUUCUCCUUAUUUAGUUUCUAGUGAAAGAAAUCAAGUAAGGAACUAUCUUUACUUUAGAUGGAAUUAUUUGUUUUUUUAACUGUUGCCAUAUUCAUCUAUAUAGCUAAUAUUUCAAGAUAAGUAAAGAACAAAACCUGUCUAAACCUUUUAUUUCCAAUGAAUGAAAGUUGUGCACUUUAUUUAUAGGCUCAAUGUUUUGGCUUCUGCAGUACUUUUAUUAUCUACACAUAAUUUGGCCAAAAAUAAGAAAUUGGAAAGAAUUACAUGUUUAGUUUAUAGUAGAAGAUGAUGACACUAAGUUGUGAAAAUAUGUUGUGAUUUUUAUGAAAUAAAAUCUUCAUGUCCUUAAAAGAAA